AUGGAGACGGUGCCCCCAGCUGUGGACCUGGUUCUGGGCGCCUCGGCCUGUUGCCUGGCCUGUGUCUUCACCAACCCCCUGGAGGUGGUGAAGACACGCCUGCAGCUGCAGGGGGAGCUGCAGGCCCCGGGCACCUACCCACGGCCUUACCGAGGCUUUGUGUCCUCCGUGGCUGCUGUCGCCCGCGCAGAUGGGCUGUGGGGCCUGCAGAAGGGGCUGGCCGCAGGCCUUCUCUACCAGGGACUCAUGAAUGGUGUCCGCUUCUACUGCUACAGCCUGGCGUGCCAGGCUGGCCUCGCCCAGCAGCCUGGUGGCACCGUGGUCGCAGGUGCCAUGGCAGGGGCACUGGGAGCCUUCGUUGGGAGCCCUGCUUACCUGGUCAAGACGCAGCUGCAAGCCCAGACAGUGGCUGCCAUGGCUGUGGGACACCAGCACCAUCACCAGAGCGUUUUGGGUGCCUUGAGGACCAUCUGGCAACAGCAGGGCCUGGCAGGACUGUGGCGGGGUGUUGGUGGGGCUGUGCCCCGCGUCAUGGUGGGCUCAGCUGCCCAGCUGGCCACCUUCGCCUCUGCCAAGACCUGGGUGCAGGAGCGACAGUGGCUCCCGGAGGACAGCUGGCUGGUGGCCCUGGCUGGAGGCAUGAUCAGCAGUGUCGCUGUGGUUGCAGUCAUGACACCCUUCGAUGUGGUCAGCACGAGGCUGUACAAUCAGCCUGUAGACGGAGCAGGCAGGGGCCAGCUGUAUGGGGGCCUCGCCGACUGCCUGGUGAAGAUCUGGCGGCAGGAGGGCCCGCUGGCGCUGUACAAGGGCCUGGGCCCCGCCUACCUGCGCCUGGGUCCCCACACCAUCCUCAGCAUGCUGUUCUGGGAUGAGCUGCGGAAACUGGCUGGGCGGGCCCAGUAG